AUGUAUGGAGAUUUAGCUAACAAACUGGUGCUCGAAGCUAAGAGAACACAACAGCUAUCACAAGCAGGAUUUAACAAGCAACAACUACCAGCAUACCAAGAUGAGCUUAUAAGAGGAAUCAUAAGAGAGGUAUCUGCACUGAAAAAGAAUGUGGAUUACCUGCGUGAAGAACAGCUCGCAGAUCAAAACAACAAGAUGACGCAGUGCAGGUAUGUGGUAGCGAUGCUGUCAAUGGAAAGGAACAAGAGAUGUCUACUGGCAUACGAAAAGUUGAGAAGCGAGCUGCUGGACGCAAUGGUGUGGGAUAACAACGGAAUGGAGUUUUCCAGUCUGCUUUCGACAUCUAAUUCCAAAACACAAUUUGACUCUUCCAUGCUAUCUCAUGCAGAACAAGAAUAUCUAAAGGAAUACUCGCAGCUGCUUACAGAGCUGAAAAGCGGACAACUUUCAGAAAUAGAUCUCACGGGAACUCUAGAGCCCCCAAGUGACGUGUUCAUAGAUGUAAGAGUCCUCAAAGAUGCCGGCCAAAUUGAAACAGAAUAUGGUGUCUUUAACCUCAUCAAAGACUCACAGUUCUUCGUUAGACAAUCAGACGUCGAGAGACUUAUACAACAGGGAUAUCUACAAAAGAUUUAG